AGCCGACCGAAGGAAGCAAGAAAUCCUCAAAUUUUGUUUUGGCUUUGAAUUCAAAGCUGGGGACUGCUAUCUCCUCUUUGUAUUAGCAUUGGGAGUUUGGGACUUGUUUUCUGCUACCAUCCCAUUGUUUGAUGAUUUGAUAGAGAAAAUACUAGUAGUGUUAAAUGAUAGUCAUAUAUACUACUAUAAAAGAUAUGCAUAGAUAUACAACCUGUGGUAGUACUUAGAAAAGCACAAAAAAGAGCGCACCUUUUUUUUGUAUUCUCAUUUGUCCACCCCAAAAUAUUUGUAUUUUCCCAGAAAGAACAAAAUUCAAUUUAUCAUUCAUCGGCAAGAAGUUCUAACGUUUCCGGGAAACAAAAAACUCAUCCGAAAGAACUACGUCGUAGCCGCCUUUUACUUGGGAGCCCUGCGGCCUCUCUGUUCUCGAGCUCUUCAAUAUCAGAGGUUCACGAAUGUGCUGCGGUGUGUAUAAUACAACGGUUUUCUUGAAUUAUUGGAAGCCCUUUUGCAUGUCAUCAAUUAACAUCUGAAUUCUUGAUUUUUAGGCAGACCCUUUAAAUUGUUGGAAGGGUUAAAUACGAGAAUAUAUAGGGAAACAAAAUGGAGAUCGAUAUAGCAGUCAGAGAAAGUGAUGAUCGAAGAUUGAAGACCAAGUACAAAAACGCCAUCUAUGUCAUCCAAAGAGCUUUUGCUCUCUAUUCUGUUGAUGAGGUUGCCUUCAGCUUCAAUGGAGGGAAAGAUUCAACUGUGUUGUUACACCUUCUUAGGGCAGGAUAUUAUUUACAUAAAGCAGAAAAAAUUGGUUGCAAUGGGGACCUUAUGGAUGGUGAAAUUGCAUAUCCAAUUCGAACCAUAUAUUUUGAGAGUGCAUCUGCAUUCCCUGAGAUCAACUCAUUCACCUAUGAAACUGCAAAAAGCUAUGGCUUGCAAAUGGAAAUUAUUCGCCUUGAUUUCAAGGCUGGUUUGGAGGCGCUCCUAAAGGCAAAACCAAUCAGAGCUAUUUUCCUUGGUGUCCGAAUCGGUGAUCCCACAGCGGUAGGCCAGGAACAGUUCUCUCCUAGUUCACCUGGGUGGCCUCCUUUCAUGAGAGUGAAUCCAAUUUUGGAUUGGUCUUACAGAGAUGUAUGGUCAUUCCUUUUGACUUGCAAGGUUCGCUACUGCAGCCUUUACGAUGAAGGCUAUACUUCAAUUGGGAGUGUUCAUGACACAGUUCCAAAUGGUUUAUUGUGCAUUAGAGACUCCAGCAACCCUGAAGGGAAAUUCAGACCUGCGUAUCUUCUUGCUGAUGGAAGACUGGAAAGAGCAGGGAGGGUAAAGAAGAACUCUUCCCCACCUUGUGGGCAACUGGCUUCUGUUAGUAAUGGUUUGAAAAGUAGAGAUUUGAGCUGGCACAGCAUGCUCACAGCCUCAAUAAUUGCUGUUGGUGAUGAGAUUCUAUUUGGCACUGUUGAGGACAAGUUGGGAUCUUCUCUAUGCGGAAGGCUUCAUUCUAUAGGUUGGACAGUCUCACAGCUUGCUGUAACUCGAAAUGAUAUAGAUUCUGUAGCUGAUGAAGUCGUGAAACGGAAAUCUACAAAUGACAUGGUGUUCAUAUAUGGAGGUAUAGGUCCAUUGCACUCAGAUGUCACUUUAGCAGGAGUUGCAAAAGCAUUUGGUGUUCGUACUGCUCCAGAUGAAGAGUUUGAAGAGUAUUUAAGGCAUCUUAUUGGUGAAAAAUGCACCGGGGACAGAAAUGAGAUGGCUCAACUGCCUGAGGGUAUCACAGAAUUACUGCAUCAUGAACAGCUGCCUGUGCCUUUGAUCAAGUGCCACAAUGUGAUAAUCCUAUCUGCAACAAAUGUUGCCGAGCUGGAUCUCCAGUGGGACUGUCUACUUGAUUUAUCAAGUUCUAAUGGGCUUCUUGUGCUGAUGGAACCAUUGCAAUCAAAAAGAUUGUGCACCAAUUCCUCAGAUGUGGAAGCUGCUCAACCUUUGUCAAAACUGUGUCUGGAAUUUCCAGAUCUUCACAUUGGGGCUUAUCGGGCAUCAAGAAAUGGGCCACUCAUAAUUACUUUCCAAGGAAAGGAUCAAGGGAGAAUAGCAGCAGCAACUGCUGCUUUGAGCGAGAAGUUGCAUACAGGACAAUUCUCUGAGGUCGACUGACUGCUGAAACAGAAGAGUUACUCCUCUGGUGUUAUCAAAUGCCAAGAGAUACAUUAAGGAGCACUUUGGUAUCUGCGACUGCAAGUUUUCUCCAGUCAAGUGGCUGAAAGUCACACACUGCAAGACAUAAAGAAAACUAAGAAAGUGCCGCCAGAAGAGGAAAUGAACGCAGAGUAGGGGUUGGCGUGAAAUAGCUGUGGCGCAACCAUAGUGCUCAAGUUGAAAUUUUUUUUUUUUUUUUUUUUGGCUUUUGGGUAGAAAGUGAAGGUAAGAUCUCAUUGAUUUGUCAUAACAUUCUGGGGCCUAGCGACUAUUGCCACAUGACAAACUAUAUUAACCUGCAAUCUCGAUGUUCAAUAUGUUGCAUUCAACCUAUGAAGGCACAGAAAUGUUUAAUUUUUCCCAUUAGUUCAAAAAGAAAGCAAUCCUUUACAUUGACAA